AUGGAAAUCGAGGAAGAAUGCGAAAAAGAGGAAAUGUCUGAAGAAGAACUGUUGGAGGAGACCCUCACCGAGUCGGAGCUGGACAGCCUGGAUCCUGAGGAGAAGAAACUGCGUCGCAAGAUGAGACGGGAGGAGAAGGAGGAACUGAGCAAGGAAAAGGCCCACCAGGCACAGAAGGUGCUUGAGGAAAAGAAGGCGGAGCUCCAGAGGACCAAGAAUCAACUGCAACUGCAACCUCUGAAGUCAAAAGUGUUGGCCGGCGGCGAGUAUCUGCUGGAUAAAGCGGAGACACAACGGCAGCUGCUGGAACGAGCGUCCCGCGAGAACGAACAGCGGCGGCUGAUCGAACUGCAACUGCAGGAAGAUUUACACAAGAAGAAGGCCGAACGUCUAGACUUAGAAGAGCGUUACUCGAGUUUGCAAGAAGAGAACGCAGCCAAAACAUGCGAGCUCAAGCAAGCGGUGCAACUGCUGGACUCCGCUAAAGCGGAGCUGGCGGACCAGCAGCGUGAACAGCAACGAGAGAUGGAGGGCAUCCUAGAUGGAAUACGAGCUCUACGGAGGGAGAUUCAGCUGGCAGAUUUGGUCCUCGACUCGUAUAUACCUAAAGAAUAUCAGGCGUUGAUCGAGCAGUACGUGCACUGGAACGAGCAGUUGGGCGAGUGGCAAGUCAAGUGCGUCGCCUACACCGGAAACAACAUGGCGCCGCACCAACACCACCAGCAACACUCCCAACAACACAAUCACAUGGAGCCGCCGGAUUUGUCUGAUGGGUAUCUGUCGUACAGUCGAGUGAACACGCGGCCCGGUACUCUACUAGCUCGCCCACAGACUUCGUCUGUGCCUGGCACGCGACUAGCUCGCCCCAAGACUUCGUCUGUACCUGGUACUCGACUAGCUCGCCCCCAGAUUUCAUCCGUGCCCGACACUCGACUAGUUCGCCACCAGACUUCGUCCGUGCCUGACACUCUACUAGCUCGCCCCCAGACUUCGUCCGUGCCCGACACUCCACAAGCUCGCCCCCAGACUUCGUCCGUGCCCGACACUCCACAAGCUCGCCCCCAGACUUCGUCCGUGCCCGACACGCGACUAGCUCGCCCCCAGACUUCAUGCGUGCCCGGUACUCGACUAGCUCGCCUCCAGACUUCGUCCACACCGCGCUUUUUUGUUUUGUUUUUUAUUUCUCUCUUUAUUGUUUUUUUGGGAUUUUUGUACACAAAAUGUGACGACGACAAUCCUAUCGUACCUAUGUUAAAUUACAAAAAUAAACUAAAAAUCAACUUAAAUGACUUAAACUAA